CUUUACGCAUUCCUCAUUUUCUUUUACCUGUCCGAUCGCGACUGCGGAGUAGACAACUGACGAACGCGGGUUUUGGCCGGGCCGGAUUAGAACCAAAGACAAUAACCGGGAGCAGGCUGUGAAAGUGGGCCAAGGUUCUCGAAAAGCAAAAAACUGGCCCGUUUGAUAAUGCCCGCGAUCUGGCCCAUCCGCCAACUUCAAACCGCCGCAGCGCAGGACUUGAUGGUAGCCAUCAGAGCAGAACACGGAACGAUCAUCCAAACGUCCAGACGAAGCAUGUACGGCUAAGACGUGCAAACCCAGCUCGACAAUAGCCUGCCGCGCGUUGCGGCGUUCCAGCACCCUGGCAGUAGCCAAGCGCCAAGGGGAAAGUUUUUGGUCACCCCAGCUACGACUUACGAUUUCAGAUCUCGAAUCCGGCCAACAUUGAGUUGUCGGCGUCGUCAUGGCCACCAGGACGGACGAUCCCCCACCACCAUCACCACCACCACCACAAAGAUCUCCAUGGCCGUGGAGCGGUCGAAAGAGACGCAACAGCGAGAGCUCGCUGUCGAGCUUGCGAGAGUUUGUGACAGGAAGGAGAAACUCGCUCUCGGGAACUGGGACGGAGCCCAACGUCCUCCGGAAGAGGCCACCGGAGCCGCCCAGUGCCACUUCAGGGGCUCGAAAAGGCAAGGAGACAGACGAGGAACGGAAGCCCUCUAUGGGUGCCGCCGCCCCCCGGUCGGGCGCUGGUAAAAAGGAUAGUAAAUCAGAAUCGCGGUGAGUAGACAUUUAAAUUACCUUACUCCGUAUUUGCAGUUGCUAUUCUUUUUUCUUUCCCCACAAUUUUGUCGUUUCAUGCGCCUCUUAACAUACCGGCUCGAGUUUGCCG